AUCGCCAAGUACUCCUACCUUGAUGUCUAAUAAUAAUAAUAAUAAUAACAAUAAUAAUAGUAAUAUAAUUUAUACUACCAUGCAUUCAAUGCCUUUCGCUGAACCUGAAGAUAUUAUGAAUAAUCCUUUGACUCAUCAUGAUUUACAACUUCAACAAAUGAGAAUGCAAGAAGCUUUCUUACAAAUUCAACAAAACAAUGGUCUUUCAAGUUUAUCAUUUUCCGAUUUAUCCCCUGGUUCUUUCCACGAAGAAACUGUUGAUCCUUUGAUUUUCUCUUUCCCACCUGGCGAUGAUUUUUAUCCUUCACAUCAUUCUUCAUUUGAUUCAACCACCACCAAUAAUUCCGAUAUAAAUAAUAUAAAUAUUCAAAAGAUCAACACAAGCUCUUGCUAUCCUGAAUUUAGAGAUAACGCUCAUGGUCUUGCUGAUAUAUUUACAGGAAUACACAAUUUUGAGUCAACUUUUCAAUAUUAAAAAAACAAUAUAUAUAUAUAUAUAAUGAUGAAAUAACAUAAUAGAGUCCUUAGUAUA